AUGAAGGGUGUGUGUACAUCUCUUCUCCUUUUCGGGCUGGUCAUCGGGAGUCUGGCCGAUAGUAAAAGUCAACUGAAACACGCUUUGGAACUAGUUGCAGAUAAAGCUAGAUUAGAAAAAGAGCUGCAAGGUGUAACAGUGCAGGAAAUCCGUGACAAAACUGAGCGACUGAAUGAUGACUUUACCGAUGCUUUGGGUCUGGCCAAACAAAUUGCGGAACUUAACGGUAUCCUGGAUGAAUUGAUGAAUCUCAAACCAGAGUUUGAAUCAUUAUCAGCACAAAUCGAAUCAAUAUUUUUUGAUGUCGAGAUGGAUGUUAACAAACUGCCAGAUAUCGCCGACGACAUAGAUGACUGGAAAUCCUUGAUCAGUGUGUAG